CCCCUGGCCCUGGGGACCUGCUUGGGGAGGGUGCAGCCAUUGCUGCUGGAGCCAAUGGCAGGGCCGUGCCUCCACAUCCGGCUGUGCUUGGCCACCCCCAGCUGUGGUCAAGGGCACUUGUGCUUCUGGCUGAUGCAUCCCUCCUGCUGGGAGAUGCUGCACCGGCUCCAGCAGCCCUAGAGCUGUUCUGUGCGACACGGGCAGGAUGGGGGAGAGCAUGACGUACGCUGCGCUGUGGUUUUCCAAUGCACCCCUGGAACAAAGUGUGACAUGCAGGGCACAAGGGACAGCCCCACCAGCCCCAGAUGAGGCCAAGGACAUCUAUGAGACCCUUCAGCUGAGCCCGAUGAGUGAGGGGCCAGUCAGGCCUGGGACCCAGCAGCACAGAGGUGAGUGUAGGGGCAUCCCCUGCCCUGCCCAGGGCUCCCCAGCAGGGUUGGAGAGAGCUCCCAGGGGUGCACAGCUGGCUCAGGCCAGAGGUGUGGCAGCCUGUGGGUGCUGGGGCUGGUUGCACAGCACCUUGUUUCUUGCAGAGCAUCGGUGGAGCAUGCGUCCCCUGCUCCUGGUGCUGCUGGCCACCACCAUCACCUUGGGGUCUGCUAUGAGUAGGGGUCUGCCCAAUGGGCAGCAAGGGCCGCAGCAGAGGCAGGCGCGAGGGAAGAUGGUGAUGUGUCAGAAGGAAGCCCGGGGCCUUCAGGAGCAGCUGAACAUGAUUGCAAGAGCCCCGGCCAGCGUGCAAGCCUGCCAGGUCACAGACCGCUGCCCGGAGACCUGGGUGCUGCACCGCGGGACGUGCCUGUUCCUCUCCAAGGAGAAGAAGACAUGGUGGGAAAGUCUAUCAGCUUGUGCAGGGGAGUCCUCCCGGCUCUUUGUCGUCCCGGACUGGGACCACAUGGCCAUGCCGAGCUGUCCUGCUCGUGAGGAUGUCCCGUACUGGAUCGGACUCAGGUGGAGCCGCAUGUAUCAGUGGCAGUGGGAGGACGACACCCUGUACAACACGCAAGCUGGCACCGAGCUCCUUGCCUGGAAACUCCUUGCACCCCCUUCCCGAGCCCCAGCGCCGGGGUGUGGGGAGCUCCCUGCCACCCCACCGCAGCGCGGGCUCCAGCUAGCUCUGCCUGCCCCACUCACCCUGCUUCUUGCCUUCACGUCAGGAUGCUCCCAGGAACAGCUCUCACCGGUGCCAGCACGACCCCUCCCAGCACCAAGGGCUCAGCACUCCCCAAACCAUCCAGCAGACAGGCCCAAGCAGGGCAUUAGGGGAUGUUCCUGGGAUCUCCAAGCUACACCAGAGUCCGGUUGCUGGACCCCUCAGGCCUGAUGCAGCCAGACAAGGGAGCAUUUCUGACCUGGCACAAUUGGGAGUGCAGGGGGCUCAGGGUCCCCCUCCUUUC